UUCAUAUUUGUUCAGGCACUUGAGCGGACAGCUAACACGAGCUGCCGCUGGCUGUAAGGACCCCUCGCUCCACUAGCGUUAGACUAGUGGUCGACUCUGCUCACGACCUAGCGCUAGCAACAACAGCCGGAGCUGAAUCCCAGCAGUGUUGGACGUUUGCUACAGAAAAACAAGCUAUUAUUACCCACACGUGCAAGUAUCGGAGUGUCCCGGGUCCGCAAUGUUGAACCCAACCAAUGGCGACCCGAGCCACGUUGUAGUGAAUUAUGUGGAGGAGUAUUUGGACCUGGUGGAGACACUACCAUUUGACUUGCAGAGGAGUGUGUCCCUCAUGAAGGAAAUUGAUGCCAGGUAUCAAGAUGUUCUGAAGGAGCUUGACGAUGCUUAUGAACGGUACCGCCGAGAAUCUGACUCACUUCAGAGGCGAAAGCUUCAGUUAUCCAUUCAGAGAGCGCUGAUUCGUAGUCAAGAGCUUGGCGAUGAGAAGAUCCAGAUUGCCGGUCAAAUGGUGGAGCUGGUUGAGAACCGAACACGACAAAUAGACUGGCAUUCUGAACUUCUCCUUUCCUCUCAAGAAGUCCCAGAGAGUCACGUUCCCACAGCUACAUCCAUGACGGCCACUGCAGUGUCCAUGAUGUCAUCAUCAUCAUCAUCAUCAGCCACCGUUACUCCAGGCAAAACUGGCCAUCACGACAAGAAGCGUGAUGAGGUCACCCCAGGCUCAGCCGGUGGAGACAAGGCCGGCGGAAAACGCUCAAGACGUCAGAAAAACGGAGAAAGUCGGGAAAGUUACGGGGGUCUGGAUCACACCGAGGACGCAGGAGUGGGGGCAUCCCGGGAAAAGAGGGCUAAAACGUCUUCGAAGAAGAAGAAAAGGUCAAAAGGAAAAUCUGAGAGAGAAGUGUCGCCCCCAGACCUGCCCAUCGACCCGGAUGAGCCAACAUACUGCCUGUGUGAGCAGGUGUCCUACGGAGAGAUGAUUGGCUGUGAUAACGAUGAAUGUCCCAUUGAGUGGUUUCACUUCUCAUGUGUUGGGCUCCAUCACAAGCCCAAGGGCAAGUGGUACUGCCCCAAGUGUAGAGGUGAGAAUGAGAAGACCAUGGACAAGGCCUUAGAGAGGGCCAAGAAGGACAGGGCAUACAAUAGGUAGCUCGCUCUGUCCGGCCCAAUGAACACUUUUGAGUAAAAACAUAAUUUUACGUUUUGUCUUUAUUUCCAUUUACUGGCAACACUGUUUAAAAAAAAAAAAAAAAAAAAGUAAAGAAUUGAGGAAUGUUGUAAAUUGUUAUUUUUUUAUAACUUCUGCAUGGCUGAGAAACAAGACUGCGGCCUCCUGGUUGGGAUUAUUUGUAAAAAAAAUGGAAACAGUACAGUACAACCUGCAUGUAUCUUACAUCCCCUUUUGUUUUCAUCAUGCAUGCAACAUCACCCACUUUAUAUAUGCUCAAUUCAUUUCACAAAUAAAACCUUUCUAAAUAAAGUAGAUUUUAAGGAUGUUUUUGACCACCUGCUAAGUGGCAUAAAAAAAGAGUUAUUGCAGGUUUAAGGGUUAGUUUUACAUAUUUAUGCCUCCACUCCAAAAGCAUGUUUUCAGGUUGUCUGUCCGUCCCUGUCUCGUGAACGAGAUGUCUCAGGAAUUUCUGGAUGUCAUUUUUUCCUUGGCCAUAAAUUGUAAUGCUAAUUAUGGCAAUUUAUGGCAUCAAGUGAUGACAUAUUAGAGGAACAUGGAUGCAAACUGACUGGUUGG